AUGGCGUCACCUUCUUCGAUGUCUCCUGCCACCGUCUCACGUAGAGGAUCGAGAUCUCCGAGCAAAAAGGCCCUGAUGAAUCCGAGUUUUGCUGACCUUCCAUCAGACCUGUUACGUAUGAUAAUGUCUCAUCUUGUCUUAGAAGACAACAUCCAUGCAUCUGGGGCUUGUAAGUCAUGGUGUGAAGCUGCUGUAUCUGUCCGUGUAGUAGAAAAGCAUCCUUGGCUUAUGUGCUUUCGUAAACGUGGCAACUUGGUUGAACUCCGCGAUCCGUUACAGUGGAAAUUGUACACUUUGAGUCUGCCAGAGUUAGCUGAAUCCACUGUGUGUUACUCGAGAGACGGCUGGUUACUUAUGGAUAAAACUGGAUCGAAGAAAGACGUGUUCUUCUUCAAUCCAUUUUCUCGAGAGCUCAUAACCAUGCCAGAGUGUGAGCUGGAGUUCGAUACGAUUGCGUUCUCUUGUUCUCCUACAUCAGAUAACUGUGUGGUCGUAGCGAUAAGGUUUACAUAUUAUUCCGCCACGAUCAGCACUUGUCAUCCUGGAGAUGAUAAGUGGGUUACUGCUACAUUCCCUUGUCAUGGAAUAGGGGUUUAUAAGCGGAGCAACCUUGUCUACCAGAAUGAUCGAUUCUAUUGCAUCAACGCAGCAGGAUUUUUGUCUAACUUUCACCCAUCUUCCGGUACGUGGAGUGGUUACUGUGUACAUAGACUCCGAUCCCCGUAUAUGUACGAUAGAAAUCAAUAUGGAAGGAAGGCGAAAGCAGUUGCCUUGGCAGAAAAAGAAGGAGAGCUCUUCGUAAUGUAUGCAUGCAUGAACGAGAAGCCAAUGGUUUAUAAGUUAGUCUCUAUGAAGUGGGAGGAGGUGAGCGAGACAACACUUGAUAGCUUGACGAUCUUUUUCAGUUUUCAUAACUCUGAGUUGAGAACUAAUCUCCCAUGGAUGAGGAGCAAAGUCUAUUUCUCAAGGUUCGGAUACAAUCGCAAACGUUGUUUAUCCUACUCAUUCGAUAAAAGCAUGUACAAUCGCAAACGUCGGGCAUCCUACUCAUGCGAUGAAAGCAUGUGCCGUCCGGGCGAGGAAUCGCGGAGUUGGAUAGAACUGUGUCGUCCUCAAAUCCUAUGGAUCGAUCCGCCUCCCAAGAACUUGUUGGACCUUAUGUUAAGCUCUUCGCAUAACAAUUGA